CUCCGCUCUGCAUCAUUCGGUGCUCACAAUAACCGUCCGCCUCCAGUGUCUCCGUCCCGCGGGGCGCCGACCGGGACAGCGCUGCUCCGGGGCGGCAGGGGGCAGCAGCGGGGGCAGGAGCGGGGGCAGGAGCGGGAGCAGGGCCGGGGACCGGGCGGCAGCGGGGCCGAGGGCCGGGGAUCGAUGCCGCCGCUCGGGAAGGUCGCACGGCGGCUGCUGUCUGUGCCGACCCUGGGGUGGGUGCGGGCCGGAGCCCGGCCGGCAUCGGAGGGCGGCGGAGCUUCACACCGGGCGUCCCUGUAUGUUCAUUGGCCCUUCUGCAAGAGGAGGUGUGCAUAUUGUAACUUCAAUAAGUACAUCUCUCCCAGUGUUGAUCACAAUGCCAUGAGGGAUGGUCUUGUACAGGAAACAGAAACCCUGCUCCGUGACAGCCAAGUGAAGGAGAUCACUUCGGUGUUCUUUGGUGGUGGAACACCGAGCCUAACCAAGCCAUCCACCAUUGCCAGCAUCUUAGAAACUGUGGCCAGGGCAACACAUGUCCGUCACAACAUGGAAGUCACCUUGGAGGCCAAUCCCACCUCAGUCUCAAUGUCCAAGCUUGCAGACUUUAAGGAGGCUGGAGUGAACAGGAUCUCCCUUGGGAUCCAGGCUUUACGUAAUGACGACCUGAAGAUUCUGGGAAGAGAUCACACAGUCCAGGAAGCCAUAUGGAGUCUGGAGAAAGCCAAGAAACUUUACCCUGGUUGUACGUCUGUUGACAUCAUAUUUGGGCGCCCAGGACAGAGCUUGGAAUCGUGGGAGGAAGAGCUGGAGGAGAUUCUAACUCUUUGUGACCAUCAUGUGUCUCUUUAUCAGCUGACGUUGGAGAGGGGAACAGCCCUUUUCAAACAGGUCCAGGAGAAGGUUCUGAAAAUGCCUGAGCAAGAUGUGGUGGCAGAGAUGUACCAUGCAGCAAGGAAUAUUCUGGAAAAGGCAGGGUUCCAUCAGUACGAAGUAUCAAAUUUUGCUAAAAGUGGAGCUGUGAGCCUCCAUAACCUGGGAUAUUGGAGAGGAAUGCAAUACCUUGGGGUAGGCCCAGGUGCCCAUGGCCGGUUUGUACCGAGGGGUGAUGGUAAAACACAGAGAGAAGCGAGGAUACAGACGCUGGAACCAGAUAACUGGCUCAGGGAGGUGAGACAAUUUGGUCACGGAACCAGGAAGAGAGUAAAGCAAAGUGAGUUGGACAUCUUGGAGGAAAUGCUGGUGCUCGGACUCCGAAUGAACGAGGGACUCACCCAUCAGAUGCUGCUUGACUGGCUGUGUUCUUCCAGCAUUUCCGUUCAUGUUUCAAAUUCCAGCGUCUGCAGCUCUGUUUGUUUUUUGACCGAAGGGAUGGUUUGUUUGUCCUCUGCUUUGAAUCUUUUGGAAAAUGUUCUCUUUGUAGCACUGGCAACAGCGUUCACCUUUGUUCAGCCUGGAGGAAGCAAUGAGGGAUUCACCUGAAGUGCAGCAGUACCUGCAGGAGCAGCUGCUUAUCCUCGACGACAGGGGAUUACGAUGUUCAUGGGAUGGCCUGGCUUUACUGGACAGCCUACUGCCCACCCUUCUGCACCAGCUGCAACAUUCCUACCAGAACUCAGCUUCUUGCUGCCUUUGACUCGUUCCUUCCUCAGACUCACCGGAACCAAGACCAACGUCUGCUUGUUCUCAAAGAUAAAAACAGGCAUUGGUUAUUUUAAAACAAAGGAAUGUUAAAGGAAGUGCAAUAAGAGUGAGUGAAAGAGAGGUAUUAGGAAAGGUCGAGGAUCAAAUCAGGGGGAAAUAUUUGGGGAUAAAUUCUAAAAUUUAGGGUUAAGGCAGCAAACAUUUUAAGGAUGUGAAGGUUUAAUUCUCCAUAAUUAGACAUGAAAAUGUUUCUCCUUUCGUCCAGGCUGAUGAAAGAAUUGUAUUUUAUCAGGUAUUUCACACUUUAGUAUAUUCCAAGGCACCUAACGACAAUGAGGAACUUCUGAAGUGCAGGCACUGUUAUCUUUUUGGAUCAGAAUCUCUGGCCUGCACCAUGGAACUGAAAUAGCAACUCAGCUGACCUGGUGUUUGGAUGUAAGCUAAAUGGCCUUGUGUCAAAGAUACUGUUAGAUUAAGUUACAAAUUAAUAAAAAUAUUUUUUUUAAUCUAACAUUU